GGACCAGUCCUCCCCCAGCACCACCAUCAAGACCCCAGGGGCUCCCUCUUCCCUCCACAGACUGUGGACUGACUUAGGGAAUCCCAAACGAUGACAGAAAAGGAGGUGCUGGAGUCCCCUAAGCCCUCCCUGCCAGGAGAGACUCGGCAAAGUGGGCUACAGCGGCUGAAGCAGUUAUUCAGGAAGGAGUCUCGGGGAACAAAGGAAAUGGAGCUUCCCCCAGAGCCCCAGGCCAAUGGGGAGGCAGUGGGAGCUGGUGGGGGGCCCAUCUACUACAUCUAUGAGGAAGAAGAGGAAGAAGAAGAGGAGGAGGAGGAGCCCCCCCCAGAACCUCCUAAACUUGUCAAUGACAAGCCUCACAAAUUCAAAGAUCAUUUCUUCAAGAAGCCCAAGUUCUGUGAUGUCUGUGCCCGGAUGAUUGUGCUCAACAACAAAUUUGGGCUCCGCUGUAAGAACUGCAAAACUAACAUUCACGAGCACUGUCAGUCCUACGUGGAGAUGCAGAGAUGUUUCGGCAAGAUCCCCCCUGGUUUCCAUCGGGCCUAUAGCUCCCCACUCUACAGCAACCAGCAGUACGCUUGUGUCAAAGAUCUCUCUGCUGCUAAUCACAAUGAUCCUGUGUUUGAAACCCUGCGCACUGGGGUGAUCAUGGCAAACAAGGAACGGAAGAAGGGCCAGGCAGAUAAGAAAAAUCCUCUAGCAGCCAUGAUGGAAGAAGAGCCAGAGUCUGCCAGACCAGAGGAAGGCAAAACCCAGGAUGGAAACCCUGAAGGGAAUAAGAAGGCUGAAAAGAAGACACCUGAUGACAAACACAAGCAGCCUGGCUUCCAGCAGUCUCAUUACUUUGUGGCUCUUUAUCGGUUCAAAGCCCUGGAGAAGGACGAUCUGGAUUUCCCGCCUGGAGAGAAGAUCACAGUCAUUGAUGACUCCAAUGAGGAGUGGUGGCGAGGGAAAAUAGGGGAGAAGGUUGGAUUCUUCCCUCCAAACUUCAUCAUUCGGGUCCGGUCUGGAGAGCGUGUGCACCGCGUGACCAGAUCCUUCGUGGGAAACCGGGAAAUUGGGCAGAUCACUCUCAAGAAGGACCAGAUCGUGGUCCAGAAAGGAGAUGAAGCCGGCGGCUACGUCAAGGUCUACACCGGCCGCAAGGUGGGGCUGUUUCCCACCGACUUCCUGGAGGAGAUUUAGGCGUGCCGGCGCCUGCGGACGGGAUAUACCCAGGCCCCAUUCUGGGCAGGCCCAGUGGAGGUUGGGGAGGAAAGGGGCGAAAGCAACUAUGCUGGAUGGGGGAGGGGAGGGAAAGCCCGCCGGAGCUAGACGGGGCUUCGGGUUAGGGACUGGUUCCUGCCCACCCACCCCCUCCCCGGCCUCGGGCUUUGGAUACCUGGCGGGCAGAGCCGCCUCACCGGCAACUCCUCAGGCCCAGCCCUUGAGAGCUGGAAGAAGAAGAACGCGUCUCCAACAGGAGGCGCCCCGGGGGUGUGGGAGGAGAACUGUCGAACGCUGCGACUGUAUUAAAGUUUUGAAAAAAGUU